AUGGCUGAGCGCCUCAGCCCUCGAAGCUCCGAGGUCAAUGCCUUGGAACAACGAGGAUAUCUCAUUGGCAAGAAAAUCGGACAAGGUUCUUACGCCACUGUACACCUGGCGGAAUAUUGCGAUGCAUCCAGCCCAAAGCGUAUGCACCUGGCGUGCAAAAUAUUCGACAAAGAAAAAGCUCCACGUGAUUUUUUAGAAAAGUUUUUCCCCCGUGAACUUGACAUCCUCACGCAGAUUGAAAACCCGCACAUUAUCCAGGUACACAGCAUCCUGCAGAGGGGGCCGCGAGUAUUCAUAUUUAUGAGAUAUGCCGACAAUGGUGAUUUGCUCGAUUUCAUAAAACGCAACGGUGUCGUACCAGAAAACCAGGCGAAGCUGUGGUUUCGGCAGAUGGCUAGUGGACUCCACUACUUGCAUAGUAAAAACAUUGCCCACCGCGAUCUUAAAUGCGAGAACAUAUUACUAUCGAGGCGUUUUAACGUCAAGCUAGCUGACUUUGGUUUCGCAAGAUUUUGUACUGAUGGAGAGCACAGGCGCGUCCUGAGUCAAACCUACUGCGGAUCAGCCGCUUACGCGGCUCCGGAGGUGGUGAGUGGUACACCGUAUAACCCGAAGCUGGCGGACGUGUGGUCCCUCGGAAUAAUCCUCUUCAUAAUGCUAAACGCGUCGAUGCCGUUCGACGAUUCGAACCUGCGCAAACUGCUCAAGGACCAGAUGUCACGCAACUGGGUGUUCAGGUCUAGGAUACGCGACACGGUGACAGCCGCCGCUAAGUCGAUCGUGCGCCACAUUUUAGAGCCGGACAUCACUCUGCGAUUGACUCUGGACCGUGUACUUGCACACGAGUGGACUAGACCAAGAAAGGACAAGAGCGCCAGUCUAAUGGGUCGAUUGGUACAGUCCGCACCGUCCCCGCCCUAUGCUGGGGGGAAACGCGGGGAGCACGAAGAGGCCGGUCCGUCUGCAGGGGUGCGCGUGUCCGGAGACCACCGGGAAACUGACCGCGAACGCCAUGACGACAUCAACAUGCGUUCCCGCGAC